GGAGCCACACGCUGUUGUGAGGAUGCGUGGUGGAGCGCCAGUCUCUGACUCGGUAAGAGCUGGGAGUUUCCGCUCUCGGUUCCUCUUUUUCUGAAAGUGAUUUCCCAUAAGUCCCACUGGUGCAGUUCAAGGCCUGUGGCUGACGAUGGAGGGAGGCUGGAGACCGGGUGUUAUACCUCUGCCUUACACCAACCUGCUCGCUCUCUUGCUUCUUGUCCUAAUGGUUUCCGGAGCAGAAGAGAAACCCGGCCUGGCGCAUGGGACACAGCGAACUAGCGCCAGCGCAUACACAGUGCCUUUGCCGCUUAACCUUUUACUCAAGUCAUAUAAUAUGAAUACAACUUUAUUCUGGGAUUACAACUUUACUUCUGCUACACCACAUUUUCAAGUAGAAAUCAAGGAUUACAAAAAAGAUGGAAAUUGGAGUGUUGUGAAAUCAUGCAAGGAUACAUUACAAAAAUACUGUGACCUUUCAAAGAAAUUUAAUAAUCCAGGCAUUUAUUACAAGGCAAGAGUUAAAGCCUUUGUUGGAACUGAGGAAAGUAACUAUUCCAUUGCAAAUGAUUUUUCCUUACGAAUUCAUGGUAAGGUUGGGCCACCAACAUUAAAUUCCUCUGUGGAAAAUACUGAAAUUAUUGUUUAUAUUUGGCACCCUGUCACACCACUCAAAGAUGGAAAUGAAUAUAAAACAAUCCACCAGUUUUAUGAUGACUUUAGCUAUGAAGUAUUUUAUAAUAACCAAACAACCAUGGUUUCAGAAUGCGAUGAACUGGGGUGUACGGCAUACCUUGAAGACUUGCUAAAAGAUAAAACCUACUGCAUUACUGCUCAAGGCAGAUCUAUUUAUUGGGAUGUGAAAGGAGAGAAGUCUCAGGAAAUCUGUGUGUAUAUAGAAAACAAACAUUUUAUGACCCAGAACUUCAUAAUAGGGUGUAUUGUUUCAUUUUGCUGUGUGCUUUUAUCACUUGUGAUUGGCAUGACACUUCUGUUGAAGGGUAAUCCCAAGACUCCACAAUCAGUGACUCUAUCAAGCAAGAGACACUUCCCAUUGAACACCCAACAGGAAUCAAGGUUUGAUCCUAUUUCCAUAACUACUGAAGAAACAAAGAGUAGCUUGGAAAAGGGCUGUCAUGUAAAGCCAAUGUUAGAUACCGCUGACACCAGUCAAACUGAUGAACCUGGAUACAGCAGCUCACUUACAGGAACAGAGAAGCAUUAUUCUGAAGAUGGCCAUGAACCUAGACGCAUAAAUGACCAUGAUGCUAGAAGCAUUGAAGAACUAAACUGCAGCAACAAUGGUAGUAUUUAUUUCCACACAGACAGUGACAAUGGUAUGCCUUUGGACUUAGAAACACUCAAGGUGACAGAAAAUACACCCUUAUCUGAAUUCAAAUGUCCCAGCAGUUCAUCUGGAUAUGAUAAACCACAUGUUCCUUUUAUUUGCUGAGACAAUGAACAAACAUAACUAUGGUAUUAAACUGUGUAUGUCUAAUGCUAACAUUCGCCUGUUUCUCCAUAGCAGUGAUCCCCAACCUAUUUUAAUUGUGAGCCAAAUUCAGAUGUGAAAAGUAUUGGUGAUUCACAUAAGCAUGAAAAAAGUUCCUUGAGGAUGCUAAAUAAGGGCUGUGAUUGGCUAACGCCAUGUGGACUGGCAGCCCACAGAAGGAGCUACUUUGAGUAAAACUGUUUCCUACAAAA